AUGGAGACGGAGCUGCAGCUUGACUCCCGCUGUGCAGUGGACAUGCAGACAACAGUGUCUCUGCAGGACAACAGUGUGUCUUUACAGGAGGACAGUGUGUCCACAGUGAAGAAGAAGAGACAGAGACAGACAGACAGACGAAGUGCGUUUUUCCUCAGUUUAUUAGAAAAGUGGACAUCUCUACAGAAGGACAAUGUGUCUCUACAGGAGGACAAUGUGUCUCUACAGGAGGACAGUGAAACAAAGCAACAGAAAAAGCUCCAGUACAGUCUGGUACAGGUACAGUCUGGCACAGGUACAGGUACAGUCCAGUACAGGUACAGUCUAGUACAGGUACAGUCUGGCUCUGGUACAGGUACAGUCCAGUACAGGUACAGUCUGACUCUGGUACAGGUAAAGUCUGACUGGUGCAGGUACAGUCUGGUACAGGUACAGUCUGACACCGGUACAGAUACAGUCUGGUACAGGUACAGUCUGGUACAGGUACAGUCUGACACCGGUACAGGUACAGUCUGGUACAGGUACAGUCCGGUACAGGUACAGUCUGACACCGGUACAGAUACAGUCUGGUACAGGUACAGUCUGACACUGGUACAGGUACAGUCUGACACCGGUACAGAUACAGUCUGGUACAGGUACAGUCUGGUACAGGUACAGUCUGACACCGGUACAGGUACAGUCUGGUACAGGUACAGUCUGGUACAGGUACAGUCUGACACCGGUACAGGUACAGUCCGGUACAGGUACAGUCUGACACCGGUACAGGUACAGUCUAGUACAGGUACAGUCCGGCACAGGUACAGUCCGGCACAGGUACAGUCUGGCACCGGUACAGGUACGGUCCAGUACAGGUACAGUCUGGUACAGGUACAGUCCGGCACAGGUACAGGUACAGUCUGGUACAGGUACAGUCUGACACCGGUACAGUCUGACACCGGUACAGGUACAGUCUGGCACAGGUACAGGUACAGUCCAGUACAGGAACAGUCCGGUACAGGUACAGUCUGGCUCUGGUACAGGUACAGUCCAGUACAGGUACAGUCUGGCUCUGGUACAGGUACAGUCCAGUACAGGUACAGUCCAGUACAGGUACAGUCUGACUCUGGUACAGGUACAGUCUGGUGCAGGUACAGUCUGACACCGGUACAGUCUGACACCGGUACAGGUACAGUCUGGCACAGGUACAGGUACAGUCCAGUACAGGAACAGUCCGGUACAGGUACAGUCUGGCUCUGGUACAGGUACAGUCCAGUACAGGUACAGUCUGACUCUGGUACAGGUAAAGUCUGACUGGUGCAGGUACAGUCUGGUACAGGUAAAGUCUGACUGGUGCAGGUAGAGUCUGGUGCAGGUAGAGUCUGACUCUGGUG